GCGGCGCCUGCGGACAUCGUGGCUGCCGGGGCCUCGCGGUCCAUCAAAUAUUUGGGAGAGCUGCUCGCCGUAGAGGAAGCCUCCGGCGACAAGGUUCAGCACUGUCUGAUCUCGGGUGAGCUGCCGCUCUUGGCGGCGCUGAAGAAGCGCCAGGCCUUGAAGCCCGAG